AUGAGGGCAGUCAAACCUCAGCAAAGUCUGAUCUUUGAUCUACCGACCCUUCGCAGUCAGAUACUCGAGCGCUAUAGGUCUCAGGCGUACGAAAAAGCGGCCGCCCGCGUGGAUAAGCCUCCGAGUAUCAGACAGACUGAAGCACUGAAUCGUGGUGGAAAAAUCAAUCGACCUUUGAACGCGUUCAUACUUUUCCGCUUCGCCUAUUAUUGCUCGAUAGUCGAAUACCUCGCGAGCCGGUACGACGUCUACAACAAUACCGUGGUAUCCCAGGUUGCCGGGGGGUUAUGGCGCAUGGAUCCUAUAACGCAAUACACCUACAAAUCACUGGCAGAGAUCGAGCGCCGAAAUCACUCCGAGGCCUAUCCAGAUUAUAAGCUCCAUCACAAGCCCAAUUCCAGCAAGUCCUCGGAACAGGCGGUUGUGGCUAAAUACCAAGUCAGCUUUUCAGGAAACAUUAACACGGAGAUCUUGGAACCUUCCCUGAACGAGGCUUAUGAAUUUGACUCACCCCCAAGCCCUUCUACGGGCACGGAGACUUCGUGCUCGUUUUGGACCAACGUACAUGACUCCACAUUUGACUUAGACUAUAUCAGCAACUUCAUGGAGAUAGCGGGUAGUUAUCCGUCCCCUUAUUUCAUCGAGAACUGA